AGCCAUCAUAUUGUGAGAAUUUACGAACGAGAGAGAACGGGUACACAACGGACGGAUGACAGUUUCUCAAAUUUUGUGUGAAAAUAAGGCCGAAUGAAAUCAAUAAUAAAAAAUUAAGAAACAUUUAAUUCGAUUCUAUUAUAGAAUUAAAAAAGUGCCUUCUAUUUAAUGUUCUGGCGAAAUACGGUAAAAACAAACCUCAGUGUGUGCGGGAAUAAAGAAAAGAAAUAAAACUAACAACCGGACGAAAUAAAACGAAUGAAAUAUUUUGGCCAGCAGCAGUAUCAGCCACAAAAAGAAAUGAAAAAAUAUUUUAUGGCAGCAAGUGUGGCAAUAAAAUAACAAAAAGAAAAACAAGUGAAACUGCAAGACCUACCAUUGAAAGCGUGAAUAUAUUUCUUUUUCUGGAAAUAAAAAAAAAACAAAGUGCAAAAAUUUCCCGAUCAUUUCAUAGAGAAUAUUUUUGGUGGUACGUUUCUUGAGAUUUUCCCAUUUACGAUUUAUUUCUCCUGCUUUAUUAUUUCUUUGCCGUUCCGUCGACGUCGUUGUCGUCUUCAUUCAUACCAAAACGUAACGCCAACGAACCAACCAACCAACAAACCAGACCAACCAUCGCAAGAACAACAACAAAACCAAAACCAAGAAACAACAACUAACCAACCUAAACAGUGUCUAAAUGUGUGUGAGUGUAUGUUCAUAUGCGUGUGUGUAAUAAUAGUGAAAUAUGUAAAAUUAAAAUGAAAUUAAAUUAGAAAUAUUUAACGAGAAAAGCUAAAAAAAUUGUGUUGAAACAAAAACUCCAAAACAAAUCCCAAUAAACAACGUUAAAAUUAAUUGAAAUUGUCAAAAAAAUUGUUGGUGUUUUUUCUUUACAUUUCUAUUUUGUGUACAUCAACCAACACCAAGGCAAAAUAAACGUAAACCAACCAAACGUAAAAGCAGAAUAGUGGAAGAAGAAGAAGAAGCAUUAUAAAAAAUAAAGUGUGUGUAUUUGUUUACUUGGUGUCUUCAUCUUUCCAUUCAAGAAAUCAUUAAAACGAAGCAACAAAAAAUUAUAUCAAACGAAAGAAUAACAUACAACAACAGCAAACAAAUACAGUUAAAACAACAAUUGCUCAAACAUCAUCUCCAUUGACAGCAGCGAGUGAGUGCUUGUGCUGUCUCUGUCAUUUGAAAUCUUAUUUUGGAGAAUUUUUCUUGUAAUUCAUCUUCUUGGUGGUAACUGCAUGGGGAGCCAUUGAGCCCUCUCCAACCAACAAAUACCAAUUCUCCACAAAACUAAAGGAAAAAAAAUAAUAACAACAAAAGAAAGUACAAACAAACGAAACAUCGUGUUGUGCUGCAAUCCAACUCUCUGUGUGGAGAAAAACAAACAACAAAAAUACGACUCUCUCUCUCUCUUAUUUGCAAAUCUCCUCAUUUGUUAGUGAGAUUUUCAUUUCUAUCAUUCUCAUUGAAAGUGUUGUUGCCGUGCGUGGUUUUUUGUUUUUGCAAAUUGGAGAUUUCUUUGCCAAAAAGCCGGUCACGUUUUAUAAUCGCGUAUUUAGUUGACGAUUAUCAGUCCGGACAUCGUUGCCACUGCCGAAGUCCUCUCUAGUUGGCUGGCUGACUACUGGCUGGUGUUAUCCUUUCCAGCAGGUGUUUUCCAGCGGCCUGCCUCUGUGACAGUAGUCGUUUGGCAUUACUUCAUUGGAUUGUAUGCGAGCAAAUAAAACACACGCAAGGACAAGCCGGAUUUUUAAAAUAAUUCGAAAUAAUCAUUGCAAGUGUUCGCGAGUGAAAAAAAAACGAAUUAAUAGAAAUUUCAACAUUUGCCUUGCGGAUUUCAGACUAUUCUAUUGGAUUAGCUGAAAGUGUUGUGGAUUAUAAUUAUUAAUCAUCAAGUUCAGUGAUGAAACACAGAACCCAGCAAACAUGUUGAUUGCAAAACAACGAAAUUAUCAAAACUUUUUCAAAUAAUAAACGACUGAGUAUUUAAAAAAAAACAAAGAAGACACAUUCUCCGGAGAGAGAGAAGCGCAGAGAGUAAGCCAAACGAGAGAAGGGGGAGAGUAAGAAAAUUAUGUCUAAACAUCAAACAACAACAACGCUUACGGCUGCGGCAAAGGCUUUGGCAAAUGAGCAGAAUCUACUGCAACGUUGCGAAAGGGUCGUCCAGUCCAGUGAAAAUCCCCAGAGCCCAACAGCAACAACAACUUCAUCAUCAGCAUCGUCACACAGCCACACAACCCAACACAGAAGGCAUAGCUCUCUAAGUGGGAGAGUUUGUGGCAAAUCAUCAUCACUGGCAAAGUCUGCUUCCAUAACUGAUUUAGCAAAUAAAUUAGAAGAAUAUGAAAAUAUUACACUGCCCGAUAGAAUUAGCACAGAACGAACGGCGCGGACAGCGGCGGCGACGACGACGACGUCCACAACAACAAUAUCAACAGCAACGACGGCGGGGACAACAUGUAAUCGAACCACAAGUGCUACACCAAAAAGAGACUCGUCAUCUAUCGAUGAGGUCGAUAGUGAUGAAACACGAAGGCGAAGAUUGGCCUCUUCGUCAGCAGCGGCGGCUGCCACUACCAAAGAUUGUUUAGAGUCCUACGAUGAACCCGAUCAUCUACAGCAUCGUUUUAGUCGAACAGCAGGGUUAUUCAAUGCGCGGCAUAAUUUCUCCUCCGUUGCGGAUAAUGGUUUCAGUGAUUUGGGUGGCGGCUGCACCAGCGGGAUGAGCAGUGUGUUUAGUUCGCCCUCAGCCAGUACAGUAUCAUCGCCCCUAUCAACGCCAACAAGACUUUCGCCACAGCAUUUGCCACGACAUCAACAUCAACAGCAGCAGCAGCAGCAGUCAUCAUGUUGCCAAAAAUCAUCAUCAACGCCAGCAUCUCUAAAAAAUUCCUGCUCCUCCUCCAUUUCAUCCAACAAUAAAACUCUUCAUCUGCACGAUCAUCACAACCCCCACCAUCAGCAGCAGCAUCAGCAUCAUCACCACCACCAUCAUCAUCACAUAACAGCGUCUUCUUGUUCAUCGAACGGAAGUAAAAACCUAAAGAAAUUUGAUCCGCGUCUGGGACCAUCACCUUAUCGUCAACUAUUGCCAAUAGCUUUGUGUAUUCUCUCGUUUGCGACUGUAUUCAGCAUUUUAAUUGUUUACAUGGAUACGACAGAAAUUCGCCAUCAACAAUUUCGCCUGAAUAUGUCGCGUGAUUAUGAAUUCUAUGGCGUGGCUCAAGACGAUCCUCAACUUAUAGCAUUCCUGCGUGAAAUCCAUAUGCGCAAAUAUUCAAUGCACUUUCUGAAAUCACGAACGACGGAUGGCAGCGGCGGUGGGGGUGUUGGUGUUGAAACGGCAGCCACCUCCUCCUCAACACUGGGUCCCGGCAAUGGCGGCACCCCAGGCGGCAAUCUAAUCGGCGUUCAACCGCAUUUCAAUUUCAGUGCCCAUCCCAAUGAAUUAACACCCAAAAUGGCCUAUUAUGUGGCCAAUUUGCUGCAAGGUAAAACCAACGGUGCCGUCAUACAAUCGCUGACCGGUUCUUUGGGUCAUCUAAUGACAGCCCCAUGGCUGGCGGACACCUUAAAUUGGGCCGGUAUUAUUGUGGAACCGGAGCCCAGGCGAUUUUUUACUUUGCGCAAGCAAAAUGGUUUGCGGCCCCGUGUACAAGUGGUACAUGCCUGCGUUUCACCAAAUCCUUAUCCCAAAGAGAUUACCGUACACAACGAAGAGUCUGAAGUGCGAAUUAAUAGUCUGCUUGACGAGGAGACGACAUGGUUCAAUUCGCGUGUCAAAUGUUUUCCGCUUUAUACUAUCAUGCUAGCUUCAAAUCGUGUUGAAUACGAUCUUCUUAGCUUGGGUGUGCAUGGUCAUGAGUUGGAGAUCUUACAAACAUUACCUUUUGACAAAAUAAGAAUUGAAAUAAUUUCAAUACAUUUAUUGGAGAAUCAAGAGGAUGUUAGCAGUUAUGUUCAAACAUUAACCAAGUUCCUACAGCGGAAAGGCUAUAAAUUGCAAAAGAAAUUCGGACGCAAUUAUUUCUAUCAACGCCUACCCUCAGCGGCACAAAUGAGUGCCACCUCACCAACACGAACCCGAAAAAAAGAUAUACUACUGAAGACGCCUUAAAAGCCUUUAUACAAUUAAUGUGUUUUUUUUCUCUGUUUGUUUAUUAAAAAUGAAACAAAAACAUAUAACAAAAUGAAAAAUCAUAGAUGAUAUAUAAUUAUUAUAUAUCAUUAUUAAUUAUUAUUAUUAUAGGUACACAACAAAACACACACACACAUACAAAUAUAAUUAUUAUUAUUAAUAAUAUUCAAGCAACACAACAAAAAAUGUUUAUUUUUUAAGUUCAAAUGCCUAAAGAAGAAAAGAAAAUGUCGUAGAUGAAGAAAAAAAGAAAAGAAAAUAAAAUAGUUGGGAAAAACCAAAAUCCAUUUAAACGCAAAACGAAAGGAAAAGAGAAAAGAAAUCAUGUUGAAAUGUGUUAAAUUAUUAUAAAUAUAUAGAUGCAAGAAAUUUAUGUUUUAUGGAAAGUAAUUAUUGAAAACCAUUCAUGAUUCCAUAUUGAUUACGUUCACACAGCAUUAAAGAGAGAUAGGGCGAAGAAAUGGUUAUAAGGUCUUUUGGGGGAAAAAAAUAAUGGUUAGGAUAUUUGUAAUCUAAUAUAAAAUGGUUUUUAUAAAUAAUGUUUAUAAAAACCAUUGUAUAUAUGCAAAAAUUUCUUAUAAUUGUUGGACCUUCAAAUUUUCUUAUAAUCCUUUUUCUCGCCAUUGACAACAAGAAAAAAAGCUAAAUGUUUAAUGUUCUAUACGAAUGGAUAUUAGUAAAUAAUAAAUAUAUUAAACAAAAAACACACACAAAACAGCCUUUAUUGUAUAAAUUGAUUGUAAUAUUUACUUUAAUCCAUAAAUAUAUGUAUACAUUAAUAAUUAUUAUUAAUUAAUUAACUAUUUUAUUUUUUAUAAACAUAAAAUAGUUGACUUUAGUUUAGCAUAUUUAAUUCUUUAAAUAAUUAUUUAAUUAUAUAUAAAACAAAAACGGAAAACAAAAUAACAACAAGAUGAAACAACGAUGCUUUAUAGUUAUUAUUAUCUAUAUAACUUUAUACAUAUACACAUAAAUAUAUCUAUAUAGUUUAUAUAUAAUUGAAACGUAAUAUGUAUUUUUUUUUUUUUUUUUCAUUUAUAAAUUUAAAUUAUUGAAUUUAAUUUUUUUCAUUACCUUUUUUUUUGUUUUGUAAAAGCCAACCUCUCACAUAACACCCCUUCUCAUCCCACAUUGUCCCUCCUUUCUUUCUCUAUAUAUAUGGAAAUAUAGAAUGUUAGUUAUAACGAAACCAGAAAUAUUGUAAUCACUAUAUACAUCUUUCUUCACUUCCGUAAAAAUCGUUUUUUCGUCUCUCCUCCUCUGUUUCUCUGUUUCAAUGUGAAAGUCCUGUAAAAUCAUUUGUCGCCACAAAAAAUAUCUAUAUCUCUUAAAUGUUUCAAGUCCUUUGUUUGUAGCUAUGAUAGUUUACAGAAUGUCACAAAAAAUGAGUGGAUAAAGUCCAGAAUGGUUUCAAACCUGAAUCCUGUGAAUUUUUAAUUAUUCAACCACCCUUUUUUUGGUAAAAUUUGCUAAGGAGGUAUUCUAAAAGUUGUUCAAGAAAUUGAAUUCCUAAAAUUUACGAUCAUAGAUUUUUAAAUAAAAUUUUAGACGAAAGCCUUUCCUAACUGUUCUAAAGGUCGGAGUAUAUAAACAGCUAGAAGUCUUCGCAUGGCAUAUUUUGUGACAUAUCAUAAAGGGAUGCCGCCAGAGUCGCACCCUUUUUAAUUUGACAUUAAUAUGCCCAGCCAUGAUGCCAAGUUGCUUACGUACCCUCACCCUAAGUAUUGAUCUAUAAAAAUUUGAAAUAAAAUCUCCUAGAAAACAAAAAAGCCCAAUUAAAAAUUUAAUAAAACCGAUAUCUUUCAUUUUAUUUUUUUGAUUAAAAAAAGAAUACAGGCCAGACACUGCGGUAGUUCCGUCCAUGUAUAUUAUAUAAAUGUGCUAAUUUUUGAUAUCUUCAUUAUGUCCUCAUUUGAAAAUCGAACGUCGUAUUUUUACAACACAUUUUUUAAAACUGGUUUAAUCGAAUAAUAUAAUUGGAAUCAGAUUAGGAGGUUGUAAAACGUUGUUGAAGAAUUUUAAAAAUUUGAAUUCUUAAAAUUUUCGAACACGGAUUUUAAAAAUAGAUUAUUCUAUUUAAAUUUUUCAAUUUUUUUGAACUGACCUGAGGAUUGAAAUUAGGGAUUAAAAUUUGAAAUGAACUCUUCUAUAAAAGAAAAAGACCAAAAAGCAAAUAUUUUUAAUUUUUUUUUAUAUAAAAAUAAGAAUACAGGCCAAAGCGAUGUAACUGGAUACCGCGGUGUUCCGUCCAUUUAUAUUGAACGUCGUUAUGCCCUCAUUUGAAAAUCGAAAGACUUCUUUUAAUAAAACAUUUUUUUAAAUUGGUUUAAUCGAAUGAAUUGCGAUCUGAUUUGGAAAUGAGCUUAUACAUAUUUCUAUAUUUUUUGAUGGAAAUUUCCUGCACCUAGAGGUUUCUGCUUAUAUAAAUAACUUAACUAUGAGGCAUAGUCUAUGUGGUUAAGGGUGCGAAAAAUGUAGAAAUAUGUAUCAGUUCAUUUCCUAAUCAAAUCGCAAUUAUAUCAUUCGAUGAACGAAUGAAAAUCUUUAUCGAAUAUUGGACAUUUUAUUCGAUUUUGAGAAAGAAUGUCUCUCGAGAUUUACAAUGCGUAUGCAGACAAUCCCCGCAGAUUUUCUAACUACCUCCCCUUUAUGAGGCUCUGUAAUUUUUUCUUACAAUGAAUUAAAAAUUCUACCAAUAGGGUUCCAAAAUUCGUCCAUGCCUUGAAAAUAUUUGCAUUAUAUACCGAUAUUCAUAAAAUUUCGCUACCUCAUUUCAGAAAAUUCCGGAUCACCUCUUUAAUUUUCCAACAUUUUAUGAUUAACUCAUAUUUGUGGCAUUCUGUAAACCCAAUAAAAUAUUAACAAAAUAUACACUUAAAAAUAUUUAAAAUCCAAAAAACGAAAAUUAAAAAAACACAAAAAAAUAUUUUUAAUGUUAUAUACAAACGAAAAAGUAACCAAACUCUAGCACUGAUAUCUUUACUAAUUAACAAAAUUAAAUAAAGAACAAACAUAACAAAUAUCCUCUAUAUCCUAUAUUCCAAAACAACAAAAAAUUUUAAAUGUAAUUGCUAAAAAAAAACUUUCAAAAUUGUUUCUUCCUGUUCUUGGAAAAAAAGUUCUUCUAAAAGAAAAAUAUUCUUGUAAUUUAAAUGAUUGUCAUACUUCCCUUAUUUUUGU